AUGUACGAGCCCAAUACCUCGUUGAGUCUUCACCGGCUGAGCCGACAAAGCCUCCAGAAACGAUACGAAUCAGACGAGGAAGAUGUGUCCGAGUCGGAUGCCGGACCAGACUUGGUCCCCUCGCUAGUAGGUUCGAACCGAGCUGGAACUACCGAUUCAGACCUCAGUGCCGAUGAGAACUCGCACACAGAUCCUGAUUCAGACCGAGAAGAGCACCUACUGGCUCCAUUCCCGGUGGUUAAACGGCCACGACCCGUCUCGAUGGAUACGGUAAAGCGAAGCAGUGAUGCGACCUUUGCGGAAAACACCAGGGUGUUUGACCCCGAAGAGGACAUGGUUCUUGAGAUUCCACUACCAGAGACUCCUCCUGAACUAGAUCCGAAUCUCUAUCUACAGCCGGCCAUCUAUGUCUCGCCAAAUACACCGCCAACCCACAACAGAAGGUCUCGCUCUUCCUCGCCGUCUUCUAUCUUUUCCGUGGAGAAUGCCGAGAUCCAGGUUGCGAGGAAGAUCACCUUGAUGGAGCCACCCACUCGUCCAACCCUGGUCUUCAUUAACUCCUUAGGAUCACGGUCCAAGGGUUCCCGGACACGAGCCAGCCAUUCUCGAACACGGGGCAGUGCUCGAAACAGAGAAUCUCGCAUCUUCGACGGGAAGCUCGAAGGCAAUCUCCAGGUUCCACGUCUGGCAGAUGUCAAACCCAAGUCAUCACCGCGGGAACACUCAACAGACUAUGAGUCCACCCACACAACCCCAGACCUAUCAACUCUGCACGAGGGCUCCCUCACCGUAAGGCGGGGCGCGGGUGCAAGUGCAACCAUAAACAGGGUUUCUGAAAUUCCAGUCCUCCCCUAUUUCCCCCCAUCCCCCCGUGAGCAAGAGCGACCAUCAAGUCUCCGCCUACGCCCACGUACCUCCGGCGCCGAGAAACCAUUCCCCACCACACGAUCCUCCCGUCGACCCACAGAGCCAGGCCUCCGCCCCCCGGCACUGCGCACAAACAGUAACAGCAGCAACAGCAUGCCUUCCUUCUCUCCACGCCCCGCCUCACCAUACGAUGAUCCAAGGACCUACUUCGUUCCAGAUCACUACAGCGAAGGUGCAUCUCUCUCUUCUCGGGCAUGCAGUCCUACCUCAACAUGCUCUUCACCACCACAGCAAUAUAUCCAUACAUCAAAGCGUGGUCCCAUCGCUCCAUUGACACCAAGCAACUCAAACAUCUUCUCGCAACGCUCACCCAUGAUGCGCCGGAUGACCCGGAAACACUCUGCCACCUCAAGCGUCUAUUCUAUCAGCUCAGAGAUGGGUAUGAGUGCCGCUUCCUAUGCGUCAUCCAGCCAGACGGCUGUUAACACGAUUAACUAUGAUUCGAGGCUCGUGCGGAAAUCGAGUCAGAGACGCCAUGCGAGACAUGCUAGUUCUGCGACUGGUGGUAGUUCGCGUGGGUUUAUGGGGUUGAAGCUUGGGAAGAGAGCGUUUAAUAAGGUCUAA